AUGGCCCUGCCGCCCGCGUUGCAGGCGCUCUCUAUUGGGGCGCCGGAUGCGCCGAACACGCUCGAGCUCUAUGUAUGCCCCUUUUCUGCGAAGCAGCUGCUCAACUUUGAUCGCGACGCGGUGCCGCUCCUGAUCGGCGACGAGGCGCCGUUCGCGGGUCAGGUGCGCGUCGUCGUGCGCCCGGUGCCGCAGCCGUGGCACGCGUCGUCGACGUACCUGCACGAGACGGCGCUGGCAGUCGCGCGACUCGCGCCGAGCGAGCGCGCCGCGCUGGCCCACCCCACGACGAAUCCGUUCUGGGUGUUUUCGCAGGCGCUCAUGCGCGAGAGCGAGCGCUGGUACGAGUCGCCCGUGCGCGGCAAGAGUGGCGACCAGGUGCGUGCCGAGCUCGCGGCCCUCGCCGUGCACGUGCUGAGCGACGAGCCACGCAGGGCCGGCACGCCCCCGCUCGUGUCUCUGCCGGACGACACGCCGCUUGGCCAGGCCGUGCGCGCCUGGACGCGCGUGUCGGACGACGGCAACACGGGCGCGAAGAUCGUGCCGGACCUCAAGUACUGCGGCUUGUCUUCCGCCAUGGCGCUGACGCACACCUCGCUGCCGCUGCCGCUUGUGGCGCAGGGCAAAGUGCGCGAUGUCUACGAUGCGCAGCUGACGGACGGCGAAUACCGCGGCGCCCUUUUGUUCGUGGCGACUGACCGUAUUUCUGCGUUUGAUGUCAUCCUGCAGAACGGGAUUCCCGACAAGGGGCGUGUGCUGCACGGCCUCUCGGAGUUCUGGUUUGAGCUGCUCACGCCCUCGAUCCUCCGCUCGCAUGUGCUUGCGACGCGCUGGGACGACUUUCCCGAGGUCCUGCGUGAGCGCUUGGCGGCGCACCGCACGCAGGUGGAUGGGCGCGCGAUGCUCGUGCGCCGCGCCCAGGUCCUGCCGCUCGAGGCGAUUGUGCGCGGCUACCUGACCGGUAGUGGCUGGUCCGAGUACAAGCGCGCGGGCACGGUGCAUGGCAUCUCGCUGCCGCCCGGUCUCGUCGAGAGCCAGCGCAUCCCCGGCGGGCCUCUGUUCACGCCGUCGACCAAGGCCGAGCAGGGCGCGCACGAUGAGAACAUCCACCCGGACCGCGUCGCGGAGCUCAUCGGCCAGCCGCUCGCCGACAAGGUGGCAGGCGCGGCCAAGGCACUGUACGCCAAGGCCGCCGAGCAUGCGCAGUCGCGCGGCAUCCUCCUGGCCGACACCAAGUUCGAGUUUGGGCUCCUGCCGCCUGAGACGCCCGGCGCGCCGGACGAGCUGAUCCUCGUCGACGAGGUGCUGACGCCCGACUCGUCGCGCUUCUGGGCCGCCGAUACGUACCGCGAGGGCGCGCCGCAGGCCAGCUUCGACAAGCAAUAUGUGCGCGACUGGAUGAAGGCGCACGGCCUCGAGCAGGCGGCGCGGACCUUCACGCCCGUGACGCUCCCGGACGACGUCGUGGCGCAGACCGCGGCCAAGUACCGCGAGGCCUACGAGCGCAUCACUGGCAAGUCGUUUCCAUAG